AUGGCUCCGGAUAAUUCGGAGCCGCCCAGAGCCGGUAAGAGGUCCGCCGAUGACGUGUGGAAGGAGAUCGUGUCAGGAACUCAUCAGCGGCAGCCGAAGAAGGAGAUGAUGACCUUGGAAGAUUUUCUACUCAAGGCCGAGGAAGCGGCUUCCAGCGGCGCUGCGGCGGCGGUGAAGCUCAAGGAAGAAGGAGGAUCGAUUGGGGGGAUUUCUGAUUUUAUCAAUUGCGCCGGGGAGGCGAGAGCGGGGGUUAAGAGGAGCUUCAGCUUGUCGGCGGCGCCGGGGAAGGCGGUGGAGCUGCGGCAGAGGAGGAUGAUCAAGAACAGAGAGAGCGCCGCGAGGUCGAGGGAGCGGAAGCAGGCCUAUGAAGCGGAAUUGGAGUCUAUGGCGGCGAAGCUCGAGGAAGAAAACAAUUUCCUCUUGAAAGAAAAGGCAGAGAACAAGAAGAAGAGGCUUAUGCAGCUUAUGCAGAGUGUGAUACCCGUAACAGAGAUGCGAAGACCACCGUGCAUCCUGCAGAGAAGCGGUUCCAUGCAGUGCGGCCAAAUCCUUCGCAAAUUCGUCCGUGUCUUUGUGAUUUCGCCCUCCAUUCAUCAAUCGGUGCUAGUUUUCCCCAAAUUCGUCCAAUUUAUUCGGUGAUUUAUGGCAUCUUCUUCAACUUCUCGUCGUCGGCUCUUAUGUGGUCCUGAGGACCCCUCCGUAUUAUAUCUGCAGAGACAACACGUCUCUAAUAACAUAUGGGCAGGAGUGCCAUCGGAAGACGUACGGUGUAG